AGAUCAUCACCUUUGAACAAAACCAUGGCACAACCAGGGAAGCCACCACCACUCCAUGUUGUAACCCCAAAGAAGCAGGCUUUGAUCAAAGCGGUUGGUGGAUCACCCAACUACAUGAAGUCCACCAACAGCUCAGAGGCAAAGAAGGAGAGAACUACACACAAGGACUUGGAGAGCACCACAGAAUCCGAAGAGAACAAGUUCUCUUCUAGAGCUACUGAUGGAGGAGCACUAAGAGAAGAUGGAGAAUGUAAUUCAAGAAUUGAGACAGACGAUAACUUUGUCAUGAGCAUGGAGUGGGACAAAGAACAAUUUUCCACUUCAAAAUUUGACUAUGAAGCCCAUUCUCCCAUGGAGAUAGACGGUGAAUUUCAUUUCAGUGUUGAAGGUUUAUUAGAAGAACCCAAGAUCAGCUUGGAUGACAGUGUAAACAGUCCUAGUAAGAAGAUUUUGGUUGAUGGAGUAGAGCAAGAAGACUCUGAAGAAGAUAGUGCACAUAAUGAUAACUUUAGCCAAGUUUCAUGCGCAUUGGAUUAUGAACAAGUUUCCUCUACAGAAGAUGUUUUUGAUGCAUCAGCAAUAAUGGAGGAGGAAGAAGAAGCUCAAGAAGACUUAAUUGGCAUCAUGAUCAUUGCAGAUUUGGCAAAGUUGCAGCUACUUGAGGAGAAAGUAUGGGAGAAUGAAGUCGUUGAAACAGAUAAAAUGUUACCUGGAGCUGCUAAAAACAAUGGUGGAAUUCAAAAGCCAGAGAAUUCUAAUCUCAAUCCAGCAGAGGAACUUCCUGGUGCAAAUGAUGGAGCUGGAGUGGAAAAGGAGGUAGCUGAAACUGAGCUGUUUGCUAGGAACCAAAUUUCUGACUCAUCCCAAAAUUUCUCUAGAGCUGAUGAAUUUGAUGAUGAGGUAGAUAACAACCAAUACAAUCAGAAGGCAGAAGCUGGCGCAGUUGAUAACAAUGUUGAAGAAAGAUAUUCAAUUGAAGAUAUUGUAGAUGAAAGCCAUUUUCUCGGGAGUCAAGAUCAUCUGUUAGAUGGCCAAGGCCAACGUGAGAGCACAAAUGUUGUAAAGAAUACAGGUUUCUCGGAGGAAGGUCAAGACAGAGCAAAGGAAUGUAAAACACCAAGUUCCAUGGAAUCUGACGAGGAGAAGAAUUCAAGGAUGCAUAAAAGCCAUUUAGUUGAAGAAAGUACAAAACUUGAGAAAAUGGAAGCUGAAGGAAAUAAUGGACCAGAUGUAGUAGAAAUAUUUGGCACAGCAAGUGAUAUAAGCAACCAAGAAUUAGAAAGCACAUCUCCCUCACAGGAAGCAAAAUGAGCCAAGAACUGCUUGGAACCUAUAAAAACAGAAAAUGGACAAUCACAUACAAGAGGCAACAUGAGAAUUCAGAGGAGCAAAGCAAAUUCAACCCACGGGAACCAAAUUUCUCAAUUAAUGCAUCAUCAUUCU